CCACCAGCGCUGCAGUCUGUAGUGCGGUCCGCUCCCUUUAGCGUUCCGGGCUGGAGUUCCUGGUGCACUACUUUGCAGUCUCGUCAAGGAACAAGAGACAAUGAAUAAUUAGUUCCGUUUUGCGGUGUCCGCUCUGGGCGUGAUGCUCAGUAGCUCAUCCCGGGCCCCUGCUGGAGUCGGUGUGCCGUUACACAGAGGUCCUGGUGCCAGAUGCAAAAUGAUGAAGAACUGGGGUAUGAUAGGUGGGAUUGCAGCAGCUCUGGCAGCUGGAAUAUAUGUUCUGUGGGGACCAAUCACAGACAGAAGAAAGCGCAAAAAAGGUCUUGUACUGGGUCUCCUGAAUCUGGGCAACACUUGUUUUAUGAACUCCUUGCUGCAAAGUUUAUCUGCCUGUCCAUCUUUUAUUCAUUGGUUGGAAGAAUUCACAUCACAGUACCAACUUGAACAGAAGGAUACAGCAGAUAAGUACCUGUCGGUUACUCUGCUGCAGCUUUUAAAAGCAUUAUCAAACCAGGAGCCUGCAGAAGAUGAGGUGUUAGAUGCCAGUCCUCUCCUAGAUGUCCUAAGAACAUACAGGUGGCAAAUCUCUUCUUUUGAAGAGCAGGAUGCCCAUGAGUUGUUUCAUGUGUUGACCUCCUCAUUGGAAGAUGAGAGAGAUCAUCAACCUCAUGUAACACAUCUGUUUGACGUUAAUACCUUAGAACUUCCUCAGAGCACUGACAGGCAAAUUCACUGCAGAACCCAAGGGGUGUUAAACCCCAUUCCUAGGCAGUGGAAAUCUCAACACCCUUUUCAUGGAAGACUAACCAGUAACAUGAUAUGCAAGCACUGUCAGCACCAGAGCCCAAUGAGAUAUGACACAUUUGACAGCCUGUCCUUAAGUAUCCCCUCUGCUUCUUGGGGCCGCGCCAUGACCCUUGAUAACUGCCUGCAGCAUUUUAUCUCCGUCGAGUGUGUUAAGGAUGUGGUCUGUGAAAACUGUACCAAAAUUCAAGCUCAAGAAAAAACAACUGAGCAAUUAGUGGAAGACCAAAAAACAACAUUUGUUAAACAACUGAAGCUGGGAAAGCUUCCCCAGUGCUUGUGCAUCCACUUGCAGCGCCUAAGCUGGUCCAAUCAGGGUAGCCCUCUGAAGCGCAAUGAGCAUGUCCAGUUUAGUGAAUUCCUAUCCUUAGAUAGGUAUAAGUAUCGACUCAAUGGAAAUGCAUUUCGUCAGCGGCAGUGCACUAGUCUAGGUGGAACAAUGCAAGCAACUGAUGCAUCCGCAGCUUCUGAUGGGCCUUAUAAUUCCAAGGUACAGUUACUAAAUGGAACAUGUUCUGCAUCCUUACUUUCAUCUCCUUACCCAAGUUUCAAGUCAUCCAGCCCAGAGUGCGCUAGUUCUUAUCUCUUCCGUCUAAUGGCAGUCAUCGUUCAUCAUGGAGAUAUGCACUCAGGCCAUUUUGUUACUUACCGACGUUCCCCUCCAGCAGUAAAGACCCCAAAGCAUCCAAGUCAGCAGUGGUUGUGGGUUUCUGAUGAUACUGUGCGCAGGGCAAACAUACAGGAGGUCCUCUCUUCUAAUGCUUACUUGCUAUUUUAUGAGCGUAUUCGGUCUAAAUCACACAACCAAGGAAGUGAGACUCGAGCAGAAGAAUAAACAUGACAGAUUGUGGAAAGACUAUAAUUCAUGCAUUUCAUAUAAAUAUUAUAUAUUUGAUAUUGAGUCCUAUACUUUGGAAUCUGUCAGUCCUAGAUCAUGCUCUGAUUUAAAGUGUCAAGGAGAUGCCAAGCUGCUGGGUGCACUCCUCCUCUCUCCCUGCCUUGACUGAUUAAUGUAUAAUGCUUAGUGCUGGAAGCCAAGCGUUGUAUGUCAAUUAAUUAAUGUGGGGUAAAAGAAGGAGGAGGCAUGCAGUCUGUGACUCAGUAACACCCCCUUGACACUUGUAAUCUGAGCAUGAUCUAGAGUUGACAAAUUAAAGGAUGAUUACGGUCAGAGACUGCAGACAUAGAAAAGCUUUUUACUUUUUGUCUGCUGUCCUUUACCUAUGUCUGUAAUACGUACCUUUGGUAAGAUUUGCCCAAUAUUGUGAUGUACGGAGGAUCUAAUUUUGUGUUCCUAGCAGCUGGAAAAAUGUAAGGGGUUAUUCCAAAAUUGAAAGUUAUUAUAUUUUCACAUGAGUAGUGAUGAGUAAAUAGAGCCGCAGCACACAUUUCCACUAAGGCCCCUUUCACACUAUACAUUCAUCCGUUUUAAAGAUCCGUUAUAAUGUUUUGUUAUGAAAACCUUGAAAACCGUCCAUUAAAAAAUCCCAUUAUAGUCUAUGGGAUUUUUACAUUAUGCGUUUUAACCCGUCAUAGUCCGUUAUUAAUAACGGACUUUAUUUUGUGAUUGGAGAUAUUAAUGGGAGAAAUAGUGCAUGCACUAUUUCUUCUGUUCUUUCUCCCGUCACAAAAUUUUCAGGGUUUUCAUAACGGAGCAUUAUAAUGGAUCUUUAAAACGGAUGAAUGUAUAGUGUGAAAGGGGCCUAAAUUUCUAUUUGACCUGUUAUGUUCGGAAGGUCUAUAGAAAGUGAAUAUUGUGAUUGGCAAGGGUCUCAGCAGUCAACCCCCCACUAAUCAGCGAGUUAUUACUUAUGCCGUGAAUGGAUGAUAAUCAGUUAUAUUGGAGUCCUACAUCAGAAAGCAUUACCUUUUACAUCUAGAGAUUAACCUGCGGAGUGUCUAGUUACUGGAAGACUGGGAAGUCACUUCUAACAUAUAACAGCUUUGGUAGUCUGGAGACCAGGCACACUAUAAAAAGUUAUCUUUCCAGUAUUUGGCUAGAGUUGUACUGAAAUGUAUAAAAUUGUAACAUGUAAUUUUAGAUAACAAAUAGACUUAAAGGGGGUUAUUACACCAAAGACAAAAUGUAUUCAUUUUAAAAGGUGAAAUAAAUAAAUUUACUAAAGUUUGGAAAGCUGCUCACGUCCUCCUAUUUUGAGGCUCAUCCCAUGACUAUGCUGUUCAGACUCAGAGCAUCCCCCCCCCCCCCCCCCCCUCUGUCUAUGCUUUAAAGUGAUCCUGUCACCAUAAAAAUGCUUUUUAAUUUAACAGCAUUGUGUUAUAGAAUAGGAGGAGCUGAGCAGGUUGAUAUGUCUUUGUGGGAAAAGGUUCAGUAUAACUUGUCAUUCAUUGAUUGUAACAAGUUAAACUCUGUUUUUUCUCACAAAGAUAUAUAUCAAUCUGCUCCGUUCCUCCUGUAUUAAAACAUGAUCCCAAUAGAUUACAUAGCAUUUUCCUUUUAAGAAGACUGGCUGUGUGGUUGAAUGCAUUAGCUAUGUCUGACCCUUCUCUGUUAUGGCUCAUUCAGAGACAGAGAAAGGUGGCUGGCUUACCUAGUAAACUGCUCUUUACAGCCAACCUUUCAAGCAAGUCACCGAGAGGGGAGAGGAAGUGUUGAACAGCAUAGUCACAAGAUGGACAGAAUCAUAAGAUUGAUAUUAAAAUAACCUGGGCAGUGAAUAAAUAACUUUAUCUUUGGUUGAAAAUACCCUUUCAAGCAGAAUUAUAAUUAUUUUACAAAGAUGUUGCAUUAGUAAAUUGGUUUAGUGCUUUUUUUUUUUUUGUGGAAAUCUUCCACCUAAUUACUUACAGUAAUAUCCAAUGUCUACAAUGAAAACCAAAGACAAUAGCCAUAAUGGGCACUGGAUUUGCCAUAUCAUGAUAUCAUCAAGACAUGUCUACAUAUAGUAAUAUACAUAUAGUAAUUUCCUUAAAAAAAAAAAGUUUGUCCAUCAUUCAGUAAGUACACACAGAAGAAUUUUAUUAUUCUGGAGGUUGUCCUGUGUUUCAGAUGCAGGAUUAAAGGGUACCUUUCAUCCAAAAAUGUUUUGAUAUAUUAUAGAUUAAUGUAUGCAGAAUAAAUUUCCAAUCGCAU